AUGGAAGCGGCACUACCACAUUUUCACCGGCUAGCUUCCUCCCGAUUCUAUCAGCAAUAUGCUGCACCACCAGUACGCAUUUCCAGCAAUUACCUCCACGAAUUAAUCCCCCAGCAACACCCGACCCUAUUGCAGCAAUAUUUAGCAUACUAUAAUGAACCUUUAGUACCACUUGACUUAUCACUAAAAGCCACUUCACCCAUCACCCCUCCUUGCACUCCUCCCCCGGUUCAAAAACGAAAAUCUUCCGAUAAUAACAAAAAUGAGAAAACAGGCAAACCAAAAAUCUUUCGACACUUCGAAGAUACAGAUGACAAUGCCAAUGACGAAUCAUUAGAUAAAAUCCCAAAAAGAAAGUACGAUGAUGACAUUUCAAAUGAUAGCGAUACACCUGAAGCGAAGAAACUCAAAUUCACUAAGCAAUUCUUUGAAGAACUUCGUAGCUGUCUUCCAAAAGAAGACUGCGAAAAGAGUGAGAGGAGUUCUCCUGAUAUCGUUGAGAUAAGGGACGUGGAAGAACGGCCCAAGAAAUCACCGAAGCCCAUACAGCCGCUGAAGAAAAGCAAAGUUGUGAGAAGGUUGAUGUUCGAUGAAGAUAAGACAUCACCAGUCAGUGGCACUAUCAUACGUGAUCUUGCGGAAGAUGAAACAUUAGUAGUCCGAAAGGGCGACAUCGAUCCCGCCUUCAACGUUGUAGAGGUGACAGACGAAGCUAAAGCCCUGAUAGCUACUAUAGAAAACCGGCUAGGUCGCUACAUCUGCAGGCUGUGUCGGAGGCUUUACAACGAUGCCUUUGCCCUGGCGCAACAUCGGUGCUCGAGAAUCGUGCACAUUGAAUACCGGUGUCCGGAGUGUGAUAAGGUGUUCAAUUGCCCAGCAAACUUGGCAUCUCACAGACGUUGGCACAAGCCCCGGGUACCUGGUGCAACCAAGCGACGCGAAGCUCCAACUCCCGAAACUGGCCGGUUUCCAUGCCACAAGUGCGGGAAGAUGUUCAGGAGACAAGCGUACUUGAGGAAGCACCUUGUAGCUCACGAACAGCCGGAGAGUGACGCGGAGAAAGAACCCUCUGCGUUCCGGCAGGUCCAUGUGGAGUAUCCCUAUCAACCGGAACCAAUACGUGACAGCAACUUCAACACGUUCUGGAACAAGAUACCACCUCAGCCGGAGCAAAACUGGGAUGACGUCAGACGCUGCCCUUCAAACUACUCCUCGGAGGAUUCCCGAAGCCUUGACGUCACGGGGUCAGAGGACGAGGGCGGGGGUGUCGGAGACGGGUGA